UUCCGGGGCGCUGCUGCCUGGAGACGGCGCUGCUGCGCGGGAGCGCUCCGGUACGGCGGCGGAGCCGGGGAGGAGAUCCCUGCUACACUAUGUCAGGAGACAGUGACUGCACCAGGACAAGUCCGUCAGCGGGGUCUCCAUCAGACAAUGAGUUCUUGCCAGAUCGGCCAAAGUAUGUUUGCUCACUGUCUCCUGAUCUCAUUACCAAAGCCCGGGAAGAGCUCCAAGAGAAACCUGAAUGGAGGCUCCGUGAUGUGCAAGCGCUCCGAGAUAUGGUGUGCAAAGACUAUCCCUCCCUGGGGACCUGCCUGGACGAUGCUUUUUUGCUAAGAUUCCUCAGAGCCAGGAAAUUUGAUUAUGAUCGAGCGCUUCAGCUUCUGGUGAACUACCACACCUGUAGGAGGAGCUGGCCUGAGGUCUUCAACAAUUUGAAGCCGUCCGCAAUAAAGCCUGUCCUAGAGUCUGGUUUUGUCACUGUGCUGCCUCGUCUGGACCCAGAGGGACGCCAUGUCGUCUGCAUCCGUCCAGACAGAUGGACACCCAGUAAUUAUCCGAUUACUGAGAACAUUCGUGCCAUAUACUUAACGUUAGAAAAACUCAUUCAGUCCGAAGAGACCCAGGUGAAUGGAAUUGUAAUCCUGGCAGACUACAAAGGAGUCAGCUUAUCUAAGGCGUCUCAUUUUGGUCCUUUUGUAGCCAAAAAAGUGAUUGGAAUUCUUCAGGAUGGAUUCCCCAUUCGAAUAAAAGCCGUUAACAUAAUAAAUGAGCCUCGUAUAUUCAAAGGCAUUUUUGCAAUCAUCAAGCCUUUUCUGAAGGAAAAGAUAGCAAAUCGGUUUUUUCUUCAUGGCUGUGAUCUGAAUUCCCUUCAUCAAAACAUUCCUCCAGUGAUCCUUCCUGAAGAGUACGGUGGUACUGCAGGGAAGCUGGACAUCUCUGCAUGGAAUGAGCUGCUGCUAGCCUCUGAAGAGGACUUUCUGCAUGAUUUCUCCCAGCUGGUUCUCCCAUGUGACAGCUCUCCCCAUGACAUGCUAGUGAGUGGGGAUGCUGAUGAAAAGCAAUGUGAUGAUUCUCUGCGAGGCAUGAAACCUCAGCUCUAUUACUGUUACUAA